AUGUACACAAUUCAAGUGUUGAAAAGGAAGGCAAUCAUACGUGAAAAGAGAAUAUAUCCACAACUAACAACAACUGAAAAAGUGCAAUUCUUGUGGAAAAAUGUCCGGUGGAAGCGGUGUUCCUCUGUCGGAUCGGCUAAACGUGGAAAAAAACAAGCUGGACGAGAGCAUCAGAGACUACCGACAGUGAAAAAGUAUGAACGGCAACACUAUUGGGACGUACAAACCUCGUCAAGUGCCAACAAAUGGAAGAAGUUGCCAGCAAAAUACACAAAGCCUGAUCCGUAUCCCGUGGCUCUAAUCCAUGGGCAAUAUCAAAACUACUACAGGAAAUUUACUGCUUCGAAAUUGCGACGUUUACCUCUGGAAAGCGUGCUUGAUGGUGAACAUCUCUUCCCAGUACACCGGGAUCCUUCACCUCCACCAAUCAAUGUAUCUGAGAAGGAUAUGCAAAGGUUUGAGAAGCUUUUAGCUGCUCAGGGAACUCCUAUAGCAGCUCCUUCUUCUGGCCAGAUCAAAAUGGAAAUGACUACUCCACGUGCGGAGCCCGCUCGAAAAUCUAGUGGAUCGUCAGUGCGUAAUAACCAUCGAGUCAGUGCUAAAUCUAUCCUGACACCGCAAAAAUGUAGUUCCUGUGAUGAAGUUCAGAAGCCAGGCGAAGUUUUUAUACGGUACGUUCAUUGUACGCAAGAAGAAGAAAACACAGCACUUCUCGCUAUUGAGAAAAGAAGCUUGAGCAACGCAAAAAAUAAUCCCCGUUUUUGA